AUGGCCUUUGAGGACGAGGAUCACUGGCCUGCCAACCCAUGGCAAGCCCAGGCAUUGCCACAGCUCCUCUCGGAUGCAGGAUGGGAGGUGGAAGUGACCAGGCCCCAGGCCAGCCUCUCCCACUGCCAUUGCCCUUGGGGUGGAAAGCUGAUUCGUGUCACCGUCUCGGGCAUCGCCGUAGAAGAUCCACCAGUGAACAAGAGCUAUGUGAUGGUGCGCCCGGAGACUUGUGCCAUCUUUGAGGGUGGCCUGCUGGAACACCAAGCCCCAGGUGAAGCAGUUGUGCGACGCAGCGAGCCUUGGGGCAUGCUCCGGCACUGCAGCAUCCUCUUCAGCAUGUACUUCAACGAUGGUAUUGGCGGCAUACCGGUGGUGACACAUCAGAAGAUGCGCCGUGACUACCCAGCUCCUGGAGAUUCGGCCUAUGCUUUCUUCAAUGAAGGCAAUGACGAUACCCAAGCUGGAUUCUUGCUGUGCUCUCCCAAUCUUGUGGACGCAGACAACAAGUUUGACUUGAUUGGGAUUUUCAGCCUGCCCGAGGAAGACUUCGCCCAAUGGUCCGGGAUCCACUUCCAACUUCUCUUGGACUCGGCUCAGAGGGCGGCCCAUUGGUUUUUGAACCGACCCAACCUGCAGGAGCUUCGGCAGCUGGACCAGGCCUCUUACAUCGUGCUGACCAUCCAAAGCUGCAAGCGAGGGCUUCCGCUUUAUCCGGUGAAUGGGCGUGACGUGGAGCACACUGUGACCAUUGCGGCGGGUGAACGGCUGGGACUGGACAGAUGGAUCCGCUUCAGCCCAGCACGCGUGGGCAGUGAUAAGUUCCGGCUCUCGGAGUUUGUCAAGCUUUUUCUCAUGGCUCUGGGCCUUGAUGUGCCGAUCUACGGCUGUUUGGAUGGGCGCAGGCUGGUGCCAUACCAAUGCGCCCUGAAGCGGGAGGACUGGAACCGAAUCCGGACGCAGUUUGUGGAAUGCUUCCUCCUCCAAAAGACAGCCUAUCGACGUGCCAAUGGCGGAUCCACAGCACCCAGUUUGCAUGAAGAUGUGGAACCACGCUUCAUCCAGGAGAAACCGCCCCCAAUGGAGACCUUUCAGAAGAUGGAGCAGAUUCGACAGGAGUGCCAGAGCCAUCGGGUCAUGGUGCGCCGGACCUUCGUGGAGGUGGAGUCGGACGAAGACUCAGAGUGGAGCGUGGAGAAGCAGAGGAGCGAGAGGCGUCAUAAGACCACGACGUUCUUACCAGUGGAUAUUCCAGUGCUGGCCGCGUGA